GGAGAAACAAAGGAUGCUACGGAAUUGCGCGCGCAUCAUCCCGGGGUCGGCGGCGAGUCGAUGCUUUGCGACGUCGUCCAAACUCACCAACAUGAAGUCCAUCAAUCUCAAGUUGAUCAUGUCGACCUUCCUCCUGCGUGUCCACCCUGACGUAAUGCAAGUGGAUCGGAACAGCAUGAAGGAGGUUGAUCAAUCGAUCAAGGACCACAACGAAAACGCGAUGAAGACACUGAAUGCGUACUUGGACAUUGCCUCAGCCGGCUGUAAUGGUGAAUUGAAGGCUGAUGACCUCAGCACGCGCGAGUUUCCCCUCGAAUUCUUCAUCCCCACGACCAAGAAAGUCCAACGCAGCCUACGCAAGAUCAAGACCGCCGGCGACGCCGAGGUCAUUCACAUCAAAGGCAACAUGUACACGCGAAUCUCACACUUUGUGAAACUCUCCGACAAGUUGGUCGAGGCGUCCCAUCACGCGUUGAUGCAUCGUCGGACGGUCAACGUGGCUGCCGUCCAUUGGCGAAAGGACACGAAUGCGGUGUUGCGCGACUUGUUCCGACAAGCCGACCUUCCCGUAUUGUCUGCGCAUCCCAACGGCGAACUCAUACCAUGGGAUGAAGAGACGAUCCGGGAAGCCGAUGCCGAGGCUGUGUUCGAAUCCAAUGAAACAUUUGAAAAAAAGUUUCGCGCCAUGCUCGUUCGCGAACGGGACGUCGUGUUCAAGUACACCACUGGCUUUGAAGAACACGUGGAAAACCACCAAGUGCUGCUCUCACUCGUGCGCCGAAUCCACGCCGAUGCAUUAGCUGCGGACGAACAACAACCUGCGUUCAACUGGAUGGGCGAGACCUUGCUCCGCAAUUUCAUGGACCUUCGCCUUGCCAACCCCGUAUGGAAUCGUGUGGUGCUCAUCCUCUCGGACGGUGAAAACACCCUGGAAGUCUUGCGCGACGAAGCCGACCCGUGCCAAAUCGCGUUUGUGGUCGGGUUCACACACGACGUCGAUCGAUUAGUCGACUUUAUGUGUGCAGAAGUUGCACAGUUGGAAGCCGCGUUGGACGCUGCGUAUGCUCCUGGCAAAACGGCACAGCGUCACAGGUCAUCGCACAAAAGACGGAUUCAAGCAGCCCCAAAACGGUUAUAUUGACCCUGUUUGCUUGAUAUAAUGUAUAUUGGAAAUAGUGUCGAAACGAUAUAUAUAUAUAUAUAUAUAUA